UAACUCUCACAACCUUCCCGCCAGACCCACACAUUCUUUUAACUACUUUAUGCUCCAACGGUCAACUGAAAGAAGCUUUGCUAGAAAUGGCGGUUCAAGGCCUUGAAAUGAGGUUUGAAAGAUACGAUAUGUUAUUAAACGCUUGUAUAAACAAAAGGAAAUUCAGAGAAGGCCAAAGGGUUCAUGCCCAUAUGAUCAAAACUCGAUAUUUGCCGCCUGUUUACCUUAGAACUAGGCUCAUCAUUUUUUAUAGUAAAUGUGAUUGCUUGAGGGAGGCGAGGCAUGUGCUCGAUGAAAUGCCCGAGAGGAAUGUGGUUUCUUGGACUGCUAUGAUUUCAGCUUAUUCUCAAAGAGGGCUUGCCUCUGAAGCGUUGAAUCUUUUUGUUCAGAUGUUAAGAUCAGAUACAGAGCCAAAUGAAUUCACUUUUGCCACUGUACUUACCUCUUGUACGGGUACUUUUGGUUUUGAGCUGGGAAGGCAAAUCCACUCCUUUGUAAUCAAGAGAACUCUCGAUACCCAUAUAUAUGUGGGGAGCUCACUUCUUGACAUGUAUGCCAAAGCUGGUAGAAUUCAUGAAGCUCGAGAGAUUUUUAAUUGCCUGCCUGAAAGGGAUGUUGUUUCAUGCACUGCCAUCAUUUCAGGGUACGCUCAAUUAGGAUUAGAUGCGGAUGCAUUAGAGUUAUUCCGAAGAUUGAAUUUACAAGGAAUGAGUGCAAAUUAUGUUACUUAUGCCAGUGUUCUAACUGCAUUAUCUGGGCUUGCAGCAUUAGAUCUUGGUAAGCAAGUUCACAACCAUGUCCUGCGAUGUCAACUGCCAUUCUAUGUGGUACUUCAGAAUUCUUUGAUUGAUAUGUACUCGAAGUGUGGGAACCUUAUUUACUCAAGACGGAUAUUCGAUAACAUGCCUGAGAGAACUGUUAUCUCAUGGAAUGCAAUGCUUGUGGGGUAUAGUAAACAUGGGAUGGGAAGAGAGGUUGUGGAGCUUUACAGAUUGAUGAGAAAUGAAAAUAUAGUCAAACCUGACAGUGUCACUUUGUUGGGUGUUUUGUCUGGUUGCAGCCAUGGAGGGAUGGAAGAUGUGGGAUUGCAAAUCUUUGAUGAGAUGGUGAACGGGAAAGACGGGGUCGAGCCUGACAUUGAACACUAUGGGUGUGUUGUAGAUUUGCUUGGGCGUGCUGGUCGAGUAGAAGAAGCUUUUGAAUUUAUAAGAAAGAUGUCUUUUGAACCAACUGCAGCUUUAUGGGGUUCACUUCUAGGUGCUUGUAGGGUUCACUCAAACAUUGACAUUGGUGAAUUUGUAGGCCGGCGUCUGCUUGAAAUUGAGCCUGAGAAUGCUGGGAACUAUGUUAUUCUUUCUAACUUAUAUGCCUCUGCAGGGAGAUGGGAAGAUGUAAGAAUGGUGAGGGAUUUGAUGAUGGAGAAAGCUGUGAAAAAGGAUCCCGGAAGAAGCUGGAUUGAGCUUGACCAAACCCUUCAUUCUUUCCAUGCAAGUGAUCGUUCCCAUCCAAGAAGGGAAGAGGUGCUUGUAAAAGUGAAAGAGUUAUCAAUAAAAUUGAAGGAAGUUGGCUAUGUUCCUGAUUUGAGUUGUGUUCUACAUGAUGUGGACGAAGAGCAGAAGGAGAAGAUACUCCUAGGCCACAGUGAGAAAUUGGCUUUGACAUUUGGGCUGAUGGCUACCUCUUAUGGAGUCCCACUCCGAGUGAUUAAAAACCUCCGGAUUUGUGUUGAUUGCCAUAAUUUUGCCAAGUUUGUUUCAAAGAUUUAUACGAGACAAGUGUCUUUGAGGGAUAAGAACCGGUUCCACCAUAUACAUAGGGGAGUUUGUUCCUGUGGAGACUACUGUUCUUCUACUGGCCAAACAAGCCCCCCAAACAGCUUCGAGUCCCCAAAUACCCUCCCCUCACCCUUUCAGGCUUCAGCCACCACCACGAUGGCAUUGACCACCAUGCUCCGCCAACGCCUCUUAUCCCGGUCCUUCUCGAGCCAUGCCGGUCCAAGCCGCUGGACGACGCCUGGCCACCAGGAGCGACCCAAUGGUUACCUCUUGAACAGGACACCACCACCUUCAGGCCAAUCUCGCAAAUGGGAAGAUUGGGAGUUACCUUGCUACAUCACGAGCUUCCUCACCAUCGUCAUCCUUGGCGUGGGCCUCAACGCCAAACCGGAUCUUACUAUCGAGACCUGGGCCCACCAAAAAGCCCUCGAAAAACUCGCCGCCGAAUCGUCUUCUUCUUCUGACUGAGAUUUUGGUGCCCAAACUUCAUCUGGGUCUGUUGGGUACGGAUCUGUGGGAACUUUUUUGAUUCUGUGUUGUUGAUAAAAUAUGUAGUUCAAAUAAAAAGAAUUUGUAGUUGUUAAAUUUUUAUGGGUUUUGUAUUGGAUUUACGCUUUCGAUGAUGAUGAUGAAGUCAUUGGCUUAUUUGGGAUCACAAUCUAAUAUUUACUUAUUGAGUUUUUAAUGUGUUUAUAGUUUA